CCACCUAAGAUCCUACUUCGAAAUCAGGCUGAAGACAAUUUACCCCUCCUUCCUCAUAUGACCUCACUACGUUCCUUUUCGUAGGAAAAUCUUCAUUUCUACGACUUUGAGAUUUCUUAAUUCCCUACAACCAUCUAUCUACUCUUUCACUCCUCUACUUUCUAACUAUCAAAAUAAACCUCAAAAUGCCUCUUGAAGCAGAUUUCGAAUUCCUCCCCUUGGGAGCCAUCAUCCAAACUUUCCUAGUCCCCACUAAAGACAAGCCAUUGAAUAUCGUUCAAUCAUUUCCUACAGCGGAGCUAUACCAAAAAUACAACCAACCAUUUUUCGGUGAAACGAUCGGAAGAGUAGCAAAUCGUAUUUCGAAUGCGAAAAUCAAUUCUUUGAAUGGAAAGUCCUAUGCUCUUGCGCAGAAUAAUGGUGUGAACGCAUUACAUGGAGGAAUAAAUGGAUGGGGUAAACGCGUUUGGCAUGGUCCGAAAUUGGUUGGUACGAGACAGAUUCCUGGCGUUGAGGGAUUGGAGGGAGGAGAAAGUGUGCAGUUUACAUUGAAGGAUAAGGAUGGAGAAGAGGGAUAUCCAGGAACUUUGGAUGUUAGUGUCAUUUAUACGACCGGAAAACAAAAGGUUGAUGGCAAGGAAGUCAGAGUCUUGGCUAUGGAAUAUGAGGUUAAAUUGGUGGAUGAUGGAAAGGGAGUGGAGGAGACGGUUGUUAAUGUUACCAACCAUUCGUAAGUAAUAUUUAUUUUAAGGAAACUAGUGUUACAAUUAUUGGGAAAAGAACUAAUUUAAUAUCAUGACAGGUAUUUCAAUCUAAGUGGCAAAUCGACAAUCGAAGGUACACAAGUCACAUUAUGUACAAACGAAUACUUACCAGUUGACGAUGGAGGAAUUCCUACUUCGGGACCAAAACCAUAUGAGAGCAUAACACCUAACAAAGAAUUCACAUUGGGACCCGAGGAACCAAACGUUGACGAUUGUUUCAUCGUAGACACAAAAUCCGAGUCAAUCCCCCUCGACACACGGUCUUCCCCUCUUACCACAUUAGUAAAAGCUUCUCAUCCAGAAACAGGUAUUCAUCUAGAAGUUUUGAGCACGGAACCCGCAUUCCAAUUUUAUACCGGAAAAUAUAUCGAUGUACCGGCAGUUGAGGGACUCGAGGCAAGAGGAGCAAGAAGUGGUUUCUGUGUUGAGCCAAGUCGAUAUGUUAAUGCGAUCAAUGAGGAGAAAUGGAGAGGACAAGUCUUGCUCAAAAAGGGAGAAGUAUAUGGAAGCAGAGUCGUUUAUAGGGCUUGGUCUGAAUAAAGAACUCGACUUUGGAUCAAUGGGAGGAUUUUUGAAGCAACAUUCUAUGUGCAAAAGUUAUUAUUUUGCCUGAUUUGAGGUUUUAUCAGUACAAUACUAUAGCAAUAUUUGUAUUUGAUAUUUAGUUAGUUCAGGGGAAUGCAUGACAUGUGAAGAAUCCGGUAAAACAUGGAGAGCGAGUAACU